CCCUCAACCCGGAACACUCAUUAUGGCUGGUGGAAGUCAUCCUUCAGGUUUUAACCCUCAUCUUCCUGGGUUCAGAUACCAGUUCCUCGCCAAGGCACUUGGAGCCACUAUGUGGUUCUUCAUUUUAUAUCGGGCUCGUGAGGACGGACCCAAGCUUCUUGGCCUCCGGCAUCCAUGGGAGGGCCAUGGUCAUGGCCACCACGAUGAGCACUCAGAGCAUCAUUGACCAUCUCGAUAGAAAUGUUGUAAUCUUUUGGGUAUUCACUGAUAUAUCCACAUUUUGUGUGCA